AUGGCUGGUCAAAUCCCUAAUACAAUGAAGGCCCUUGUCGCAGACCGGUCUAUUAUCACCCGACUUUCAAAUUAUUCGUGCGGUCAUUCAUCUGGAGAUGGAGUCAAGAUACAAACAAUUCCUGUGCCCGAAAUUCUCGACAACGAAAUCCUUGUUCGCGUACGAUCCGUCGCUCUUAAUCCAACCGACUUCAAACAUAUCGAUAUUGUCGCUCCUCGAGGAGCUAUCAUCGGCUGCGAUUACUCGGGUACUGUUGCCAGAGUAGGUGCCAAGGCAGCCGGAUAUUGGCAGGUUGGAGAUAGAGUAGCAGGUUUCAUUCACGGUGGACUAUACACCGACCGGGGCUCUUUCGCUGAGUACCUCAAGAUUCCUGGUGAUCUUGCCUGGAAGGUUCCACCCUCUGUCAGUGAUGAGGAAGCUGCCACAUUUGGAGUAUCCGCUGUCACAGCCAUGCUAGCCUUGAAUGCUCGCUUAGGAGUUCCAUGGCUCGACUCAGGCAAGAGCCAAGGACGGACAGACACCCCAAUUUUCAUCUACUCAGGCUCGACGGCUGCUGGACUAUACUCCAUUCAACUUGCGAAGCUUGCAGGGCUCAAAGUUGUGACAACGGCAUCGCCAAAAUCUCACGACCUUGUCAAGGAGUAUGGAGCGGAUGACGUAUUUGAUUAUCGGUCGCCAACCGCCGUCGAAGAUAUUGUUCGAGCUUAUCCCAAUAUUGACAGGGCAUUGGAUUGUUUCUCAGAAGGGUCUUCGACGGAAUUCUGCGCCGAUGUGGUUCGCAGGAGCCGAGGGUGGGUUGUGACAUUGUUGGAUUCGGGCAAAAGGGACCUGGACGGAGUGAGAGUCGAUUUCAUGUUGGGGUAUACGGUUUUCAAUGCUGAGUUCCAGUGGCUACCACCAUUGGGUCCUAAAUUCCCAAAAGUGCCAUCAGAUAACGAAGCGUUGCGCCGAUUCUACGCCUCAUUGCCUGAGAUUGCCCCGAGAUUGAAGACGCCUCCGUUGAAGAGGAUCGAUGGGGGUCUAGAGAAUCUAACUGCUGGUCUUGAUAUGCUUCGCCAAGGGAAGGUAUCUGGGACCAAGCUGGUUGCAACUAUUUUUUGA